CUGCUCUCUGCUUUACGCACUCCAAUACUGAAAGACGUGGUUGCUUGUUUUUGCUUGUGCUUUUGCUUGUUUUUACAAAAACUCAUCACCUGAGAUCAGUGAGCACAGUAUUACCCUGGCACUGUGUGUGUGUGUGUGUGUGUGUGUGCCGACACAUGAUGGUGUGAUUCCAGCCUUGUGUGCGCGCACACAGCAGAAGGCCACUCUCUCCGUGACAGCAGUCUCGCCUCCCAGUCUCGGCGUCUUUGCGCAUCAGAUUUUAAGGAUUUCAUUAGAAUAAAGACGAGAACUGGAAGAUAUUUCGGGCCCGUCCUCUUUUAACCACCCUAUACCCCCACCUCUCUCUCUCUCUCUCUCUCUCACACACACACACACACACAUCACUGGGGCAUUAAGACUGGAGCUGGUCGCAGGGUUUACCGGAAUGGCUCGCUGGGGAUUUUAUGGGAUUUUGAUGGGGCUCCUAAAGCUCGGCUCUUCUUGUUAUACAUCUUGUAAUUGUAACGCCUCGAGGAUCACGUGUGUCUCUCAGGAUCCAGGAAUCGAGGAGUUUCCUACCCUGGUGCCGGAGACCGACAUGGAAAACAUCACCGAGAUGUACAUCGCCAAUCAAAAUGGACUAUUUAUACUCAAUGAGGACUACAUGAAGUUUUACACAAAUCUCAGGAAUUUAACAAUAAUCAACACCGAACUGACGUCUGUAUCUACAACAGCCUUUGUCUACAAUUCCAAACUUCAGUUUUUGGAUCUCAGAGACAACAGACUUUCAACCCUGUCAUGGACAGCAAUUCGCAAUUCCAACAUGUCAACACUGUUGCUGUCCGGGAAUCCGCUGCAGUGUACAUGUGAAAACAUGUGGAUCAAGUCGUGGUUGGAUCCGAGCGAGAGAGAUCAACUCAAGUGUGAGCAGGAAGGCGGAGGACUGCGGAUCCUCUCCAAUAUCACUGUCCCUUCAUGUGAGUUUCCACAGGUCGAGGUUGUCCCGCCUGUUGUUAACCUGAUGGCAGGAAGUGAUGCGAUAGUGGCAUGUAGCGCUUCCGGAUCUCCUGCUCCUAUGCUCUACUGGAAUUUGAACACCACUGAACAUCCACCGCUAGCAACCAGUCAUGAGAUAAACACAAUUGACCUGCAGUCCAUGUUGACACUGAGGAACCUCUCCCACAGCGACAAUGGCCGAGAGAUCACUUGCAGCGCUGAGAAUAUUGUGGGUCAGACUGAGGCCUCUGUCAUCCUCAAUAUCCUCUUCCGUCCGAUCAUCCUGGACCUGGACAAGCCCCUGCGCAACCAAGACUGGUGCAUCCCAUUCAGCGUGACGGGGAAUCCCAAACCUGAUCUGCUGUGGUAUCAUGAGGGCCAACUCCUGGAAGAGCAGGACUACAUCAAGACUCAGAUCCACGAGUCGACGGAGAGCGAGUAUCACGGCUGUCUGCACCUUGAUAUCCCCACUCACAUCCACAAUGGUGUUUACACUCUGUUGGCCACCAACGAGUAUGGCAAUGACCAGAGAAACGUCACCGCACACUUCAUGCUUAUCCCUGACGUGGAGCACUCAGGGGCAGGGUUCUACUACGACACAACUGACAUUCCAGAAAUCCCAAAAAGCCAAGAGGGCAAAGUUGCUGUUUAUGCCGUGGUGGGGAUCGCUGGGGUUGCGCUCACUGGGUGCAUUUUAAUGCUAAUCUUUCUGAAGUAUGGUCGAAGCUCGAAGUUUGGCCUGAAGGGGUCCUCCUCAGUAAUCAGUAAUGACGACGACUCAGCCAGCCCACUCCAUCACGUCUCCAAUGGCAACAACACACCGUCGUCGUCCGAGAUGGGCCCAGACGCCGUCAUCAUCGGCAUGACCAAGAUCCCGGUCAUCGAGAACCCGCAGUACUUCCGCAAUCCUGGCAGUGUGCUGAAAUCGGACACUUUUGUGCAACACAUCAAACGUCACAACAUAGUCCUGAAGAGAGAACUAGGAGAGGGAGCUUUCGGGAAAGUGUUCCUAGCCGAGUGCUACAACUUGUCACCAGACCAAGAGAAGAUUUUGGUGGCUGUCAAGACCCUGAAAGAGGCGAGCGAGAGCGGACGGGCCGACUUCCACCGAGAGGCGGAGCUUCUGACCAACCUGCAGCAUGAGCACAUCGUCACGUUUUACGGCGUGUGUGUAGAGAGUGAUCCCCUUAUCAUGGUGUUCGAGUACAUGAAGCACGGAGACCUCAACAAGUUCCUCAGGGCUCACGGUCCAGAUGCGAUUUUAAUGGCAGACGGGCAGCAGAGUUUGCUGGUGGAGCUGACUCAGUCUCAGAUGCUGCACAUUGCUCAGCAGAUCGCAGCCGGUAUGGUGUAUCUGGCCUCACAGCAUUUCGUUCACAGAGAUCUAGCGACACGCAACUGCCUGGUGGGGGAGAAUCUGCUCGUAAAGAUCGGAGACUUCGGCAUGUCCAGAGAUGUGUACAGCACAGAUUACUACCGGGUGGGCGGUCACACCAUGCUACCCAUCCGCUGGAUGCCUCCUGAGAGCAUCAUGUACCGGAGGUUCACCACAGAGAGUGACGUGUGGAGUUUGGGUGUGGUCCUGUGGGAGAUCUUCACCUAUGGCAAGCAGCCCUGGUACCAACUUUCCAAUAACGAGGUGAUCGAGUGCAUCACACAGGGCCGGGUUCUGCAGAGGCCUCGUACCUGCCCCAAAGAGGUGUACGACCUGAUGCUGGGCUGCUGGCAGCGUGAACCGUACAUGAGACUCAACAUUAAAGAGAUUCACAAUCUGCUCCAGAGCCUGGCCAAGGCCUCUCCUGUUUAUCUGGACAUCCUGGGCUGAACAUCUGCGUGUGUGCGUGUACAUGUGUGUGUGUGUGUGUGUGCGUUUGUAAAAGAGAGAGGGAGAGUGUGUACAAGAAAUUGGGCUUAAAUGUUCUUGCUUGUGUUUCUGCCUCUUUACCACAUAGACUAAAGGCCUUAAAGUUGAUUGCGUACAUUUCUGCCUUUUAUUUCCCUGGGACAUCCAUAUGCUUCAAAUUGUACUUUUUUUUGUGCGUUUCGACGGCGAACAAAUGGAAACAGGCCGAUUUUUGUAAAUACUUCUGGACCUUUUAGGAGGCUUCUCUUCGUUUUCCUUCAUCAUAGCGACUGGAGAGACAAUUUGCUGAAGUACAAGCAAAAAAAAAAACAACAAAAAACGACAACACAAAACACAUUGAGAAAAGGGUUAUGCUUAAAUGCCAGAGAUGACAGACUUUUGUGAAAACUGAAAAGGGAAAUAAUUUUUUUGUGGAUUUUAGCCUCAUACGCUUUUUUGUUGCCACCGUGGUGCCAUUCUUUUUAUUUAUUUAUUUUCUAAUUUACACUUCCAAAUAAAUGGAGAAAUCUGAAUUUCGAGUCAUGAAAGACUCGAUGAAGAUUUAUCAGCACAACAUUGUCACCGUCCUGGCUGUAAACGUGGACUGCAAUACAACUGCUUACACAAGUUGGAGGACCAUCAAAAUACAAGAAAAAAAAAAGUUUGGAUUAAGGGAAAACCAGUGGUAUUUUUAACUUAAGCACAGUGGGAAAAUCGAAAAAAAAAAAAAAAAAAUUUGUGAAGUCUGUGAAUUCUGGUUAACCGGCUCUGUAAAGCAGUUGUGCAAACGUCAGGACGGCUUUUGGUUUCAUCUGUUUCUCGUCACUUUUUUUGUGGUUUUGGUGAGAGCACAGUGGCCGAAGUCACCAGCAGUGGAACUCCAUGUGGAUGGUGAACAGACUGCCCUUAAAACACAAGGGCUUUUUUUUUUCUUGACUAAAUCGAAGUCACAAUCCUGGUGACUAGAUGAGAGGAUACACAAUGGCAAAAAAAAAAAAAAA